GUUCUCCACUAUAACUGGGAUGACACAUAUACACACGUCUAGCAGAAUGUUUUUCUCUUCAUUGCAUAAUACAACCCAAACUGAUGAUUACAAUGGAUAAGUACAAAUAUUUUCGAGUUUGGAUUCUAUUUUCUUCUGUUGUGAUACAUGUCCAUGCAUCAACUGUGAAAGUGGAAAAAGUAUACCUCAAUUGGACAUACUCGAACGAGGCAUGUGUCUUACUGGAUUUCCUUAGUGUGAAACCCAAUUUUAAGACGCUUGUGGCGGACAUGAAACAAAAUGAAAAGUACUGGAUUAAAGAUAAUGUGGUGGAAAGAAGCGUCGUGACCAAAGGUUGCCAGACGAAAGUAAACGUUUUGAAUUCGACUACAAUAGAAGACAAUAUUCUUUCAAAAUGCUUUCAAUUCUGCUCCGAAUCUAGCGACACAGUUGGGAUACAGGAAAACAACUGUUCCUGUCUUUCAAAUCUGAAUAACGGCUUCGAUAAUGUCUGUGAUGAUCAAUGUGUAUGGACGAACGAACAAUGUAAAGAAAUAGCUGCAUUUUCUGUUUAUGAAAGAAAAGAUUAUAAAAGCAUCCUGAGUGGUUAUCGUUUCGACCGUUGUAUUACCCUAUUUUACACCCAACAACUGUUUUGGACUAAAACUGAUUGCUCAAAGAAAUGUCACUAUAUAUGUCAAAAAAAUGGAGAUUUACUUGUAAACUCCCAAGAAGAGGUUACUUGGCUGGAGGCUGUUUCCAUAUGUGCUAGGAAUCAAUCAGUGUUGGCGAACAUUCUACCAGAAACUAACGUUAAAUUGCCCCGAAAUGCUAGAUAUCGUCUAUCGUAUUGGGUUGGAAUACGGCAACACUAUGAAACAGUUUCAGAUGAUAAAUCUGUAUGCCAUUACAUUGAGCGUUAUAAAGCAAACGAUAUUCUAUAUGGAGCAGAGACGUGUACGAAGGAGUUACACUACAUUUGUUUGAAUGAAGACACUACAUCCACAAGUAUGGUUAAACCAAGUGAUUCUACAACUCAACACCCAGUAUCGGUCACAAAUCAUCAAGGUAAAUCCUGCCAAUGGACAAAAUUGGUAUAUUUUAUUAGAAAGUGUUUGGCGUUAGAUUUUCUCUUUAAUUCAAAUUUGCAUUUAGAUGAUUUGAUUAUUUUUCACUGCUCUGAACAAUUAAAGGACAAAACGCAUGGUUUGAAAGGUUUUUUAGUUUUUAAUUAAAAUCAAUUCCUGAUGUGUUUAAUAACAAAACUGAAAUAUUUCAAAAUUCAACUGUAGCUAAUUUUAAAAGUUCUAAGACGAUGAUAUUCGAAUUCCGCGAUAUGCAUAUUUUUAAACCGAUUUUCCGCGCCAUUAUGUGUGAAAUCAUAUGCGCCCUUUCGAUCGUGGAAGUGUGUAGACAGCUGGCCCUUUUACGCGAUUGUAAAAUGUGGGAUUAUGUCAUUCUGUGCCGCCUUCGGUUGUAACAGUCGACAGAGGAAGGGAUCCAUGGUAAGUUUCUUUUUCACCUAUCCGAAGGAUGCGGUGAGGAGGAAGAUCUGGUGAUUUUCUGGCGCCGUGAGGACUUUGUGCCAACGAAGAACAACAUUUUUCCAAGGGCCAGUUAGAUAGAGAUUCAGAAAAGCUUCAGGAGAAUGGCUUCGCUGGAGCUAAAAUCCGACUGCGGAGCGAUGCUGUACCAUAUAUCCUUUUUGUAGUGCGUCAUCUUCAGGAUGGGAAUGUCACAGCCACAUUUGCAAAACGCCAGACAGCCGAUGUAAGUUAUUAGUAACAUUUGUACUUAAUAUUUUCAUAUUGUUAAUAUUGGUAUAAUAAUCAAUGAAUAUAAUUCAUUCUGAAGUGAAUAUAAUACAUGUACAUGUACAUAGGUAGUUUGAGAAAAUGAUCUAUAGUAAAAUAGAAAUCUACUGUAUGUAAAACUUAUACGGUACCUAUUUUGAUGCACCAGAUGCGCACUUCGACAAAUAAUGUCUCUUCAGUGAUGCUCAACCGAAAUGUUUGAAAUCCGAAAUAACAAUGAAGUUUUAGAGCUAUUAGGGGAAAACAGUGCGCCAAAAAAAAAAAAAAAAAGGAGUCAAAUUCGUCUAAGGAUAAGAGCUAUGCGUGAGGGAGAUAAUUCUUAAUUUUGAAAUGAAUUUCUAAAUUUUAUAACCAAUUAAAUAUACAUCCGUAUUUUCAAGCUAGUAACGAAGUACUUCGCUACUGGACUGUAGAGACCCUCGGGGACUAACAGUCCACUAGCAAAGGCCUCGACCCAGGGGUCAUAAUGUAAAACUUAUACGGUACCAAUUUGGAUGCACCAGAUGCGCAUUUCGACAAAUAAUGUCUCUUCAGUGAUGCUCAACCGAAAUGUUUGAAAUCCGAAAUAACAACGAAGUUUUAGAGCUAUUAUAGGGGAAAACAGUGCGCCAAAAAAAGUGGAGUCAAAUUCGUCUAAAGAUAAGAGCUAUGCGUGAGGGAGAUAAUCCUUAAUUUUGAAAUGAAUUUCUAAAUUUUAUAACCAAUUAAAUAUACAUCCGUAUUUUCAAUCUAGUAACGGAGUACUUCGCUACUGGGCUGUGGAGACCCUCGGGGACUAACAGUCCACCAGCAGAGGCAUAUGUAGAUUACAUUGUAGUUUUUUAAAAUGCAAAUAAGUGUGGGGUCAGGUGAUUGGGGGAUGGGUAAUCAUUCUCCGUUGACUGGUCACACCCGCCGUGAGCCCUAUAUCCUGAUCAGACAAAUGGAGUUAUCCGUGGUCAUAAUUAGUGUGCCAAGAACGGUCUAACAAUCGGUAUGACACACGUUAGACAGCAUUUGACCGGUCGACAGGGGAUGCAUACUCCUCCUAGGCACCUUAUGCCACCCGCCUCUGGUGUGCCCAGGGGUGCGUGUUUGUCCAACUAUCUAUUUUAUAUUGCUUAUACACUGUAGGAGUUAUGCGAUUGAUCACUGUUUGUGAUCUUCACCUUUCAUUACGUAAUGUAACUAACUUAAUGUAAUCUUUUUUUGUAUAUACUAUACAGGUGUUUCAAAGAAGGUGGGCUCUGCCGCUAAUAGGCAAGACGGUGAGAUAUCCAACUCUGGGUGAUGAGUUCUGACAACCAUUGUUCCUGGGUGGCAGCCUCCAGUGGGGAUAGCGGAGACCAGAAGAACAGAAGUGGUCUUCCGUGGUGGAGCAUGUCACCAACAAAAAUGAUAAAUGUCAUAUUGGGGUGUUGACCGAGGACGGACAAUUUAUGAUAAGACAAUAAAGUAUAUACUUGUAUGCAAAGGUGAAGAUAACGAACAGUGAUCAAUCUCAUAACUCCUACAAGCAAUACAAUAUAGAUAGUUGGGCAAACACGGACCCCUGGACACACCAGAGGUGGGAUCAGGUGCCUAGGAGGAGUAAGCAUCCCCUGUAUGUAAAGUAAUGAAACAUCAUUGACUAUGACCAAUCAAAGGUGUUUAUUAAUAUUUGUAGAUUGAUACUGAUUAAGUCCAACCUAUAAAAUUUUACAGGUUUCGGUGCCCACAAGCUCUUCAAAGAGGUGGUGGAGAGCAAGUUCCUGCUAAAAGAUAUGAGGAAGUUAUCUCCCCUGCGCCAAACCUACAGCCUUGGAGGUGUUUCACAGUGUUGUGAACAGCUUUGCACCGAAGACCGCCAACUUUUUCUACCCAUUGAUAAUGCCCAGGCAAUUUUGAUCUUAUAAGAUGCAUUAAAUAAAAACUAACUAUGUUUAGAAUUUUUUAUUUGAUAUAUUGCAUUUAUAAUAGCUACAUGUAUAUGUUUGUUCAAGUCUGUAAAUUGUAAAGUCUUCAACAUAUUUUGUACAGAUUGAGUAUGACAGCUCUACACUUUAAUGAGCAUGGUCAGCGUGAACAGGCUGUGAUCAGAUCUAGGGAUUUACAGUGCCAGCUUAGCUAUCUGAAAGGGAAAAAGGGAGAAUAUGCAGAUACAUGACUCAAUGAGACUACAGGGCCAUAUUGUGGAUAAACCUUGUUGAACGGUGCAUGCAACUUCUCUCAUACUUAUUCGCUUGAUCACAUGGGAAAGUCAUCAUUGGAUAUCAGGCACCAUCCACCAAAUCGUCAUACGCUGCAGUUGUCAAGGACCAGCUGAUCAUCACAUGAUUGGGGAGGCAACCCUAACCAGCAGAACAAAGGUACUGAUAUCCGGUGUAACUUUUGAGGGACACUGCUGUCGAAUCCUGGAUAUCACAAACGCUGGAUUAAACUUCCGAUUGCCUCAUCCAAGACUGUGACAUACCCAUACUACAAAUCGUCGAUAGGCGAUGUGUCGAUAUACUCGGUUAAGAUUGAUUUCAUCAUUAUUUAAUUUGUGCUUGUACAAUAUUGAUUCUAUGUUUGGAUGUUUUUCUCUCUCCACUGUCAAUAUAAAAUCCUAUUGUAUACUUUCAAGCCUCUACAUGGAUUAGCUCCAGCAUAUUUCCAGGAACUAGUUCAAGUCUGCCAUCCAUAGCAACACUUCGUUCUGUGGAUUUAUUAUACUUUCUAAACCCACGUGCUCGUACUAAACUAUAUGGCGAAAGACGGUUUGAUGUUUGGUGUCGAGAGUUCAUUAGCUGCUUUUAAAACAAACUUAAAACAUCUCUAUUUUAUAUUUGCAUUUAAUUUGUAAUUGGGUAUUGGAUACAGUUAUUUCAAAUAAAACCACAGAACAACCCUCAGUUUUAGUAUUAUUUUAUGCCUUUUUCUAUAUAUUUAUUCUGCUUUGUUUUAGUUUGGUUUUAUUGUGUUACAUGUAAAGCGCCUCGGGGUAAUUGUCUUAAUUAGAUAAAGCGCUACAUAAAUGUAUAAUAAUAAUAAUGAUAAUAAUAAUUGAUAUCUUAUCAUUUGACAAUGGUGAAUAAUUUUUCAUUUUGUCUGUUAUUGUGAAUUAAUCACUGUAUUUGUAUAUAUUGUAUCUAUUUCUUAUUUAGUGUAUGGUAAUAUUCUAAGCACGAUUAAAAUGUGAUUAACUUC